AUGUCAGCCCCACCUACGCUAGUCUUCAUACCUGGCUCCUGGCAUAAACCUACAUGCUACAAUGAGGUCACCAAUCUCCUCCAACGCCAGCAUAAGUUGAAAUGCAUCUCAAUAUCCUUGCCAUCUACGGCAGGAAACCCAGCCGCAACAUUCAAAGAUGAUCUCGAUGCUGCCCGCGAAGCUAUUUCGGCCGAGACCAUCCACGGACGCAAUGUUGUAGUCAUUGCACACUCCUACGGGGGCAUGGUCGGCAAUAGUGCUAUUAAGGGUUUCACGCAACGAGGUUUCACCAAAAGCCAAAAUCAAAUCUCAGCUACAGGCUACGUUAUUGGCCUAAUCCUUAUAGCCUCUGGGUUUACCCUAAGUGGGCUUUCCUUCAUGGAUCCUUUUUUCGGUCAUCCUCCUCCUUCCUGGCGGGUCAAUAACGCGACCGGAUAUGCCGAACUUGUUGCUCCUCCACGUGAGCUCUUCUACCACGACUUGCCAGAAAAUGAGGCAGAAUUCUGGGUUUCCCAACUUACAACUCAGAGCCUCAAAGCAUUGUUUGAGGGAGGAGAACACACAUACGCCGGUUGGAUAAAUGUGCCUGUUUGGUAUAUUGGCACUACCGAGGAUCGGGGUUUGCCGGUGAUGGUACAACGCAUACAGGUGGGCAUGGCGAAGGCAAUGGGUGGUAAUGUGGAGCAUAGGGAGCUCCACUCCAGCCAUUGUCCUUUUCUGAGUCAACCAGAAAUGACAGUCAGAAUUAUGGUAGAUGCUAUUGAGACGUUUGCGGGGAAGCUAAAGCGGAAUGAGUCUACAACCUGUGGCCAGGGAGAUAUGAUAGUAGCGCCGAAGGCCACAAUCUUGCAGCCUUCCACGUGGCUUAAAUUUGGACUGCCGCUGGCUCUUGGUCACAUAGUAGGAAGUUGUAUAUUUCUGUUUACUUGGGCAAGGAGACUAUGGAGGUUUAAGAUCAAUUAG